CAGAUAUGCGCGAACUGUCUCACACGCUUUCUGCUCUUUAAGGAGGAUACGCGCGCCAGCAUCUUUCCCACUCAUUCCUGCUCAUUCACGAGAGAACGCCACAUGGAGUUUGUAUUCUUGUUUUAUUUCUCCGUCUUUAUUCGCGAAAGUUUUUGGCGAAGUAAAUGAAGGUUCAGUGAUGCGUUUGUUUGAGACGUUUCACUGAUGCGCACCUCGCGCUCGCUCUCGACGAAGAACACAUGAGAAUGAUGGAAUAGGCGUUUCUCUCUCCACCUUCACAAUGGGAUUAUUUAAACUUUAUUUUCUGCUUUGUACUGUCGGAGUUUUGUAUGUUUCAGGAUUUGGGGUUGACCCAGCAUUAAACGUGGACAUCUUCCAAGAGUUUGAUCUUGUUAAGUCAAGUGCCGGAGUCUCUCAAGUCCAGGGGUUCCACAAUGAGACCAGAGCUUAUCUGUUUGAAGGCUCAUCAAGGAAUGCAAGGGCUUCCCUCAAGGCAGCAGAGCGAAUCCUUAAGAAGUUGAGAGGGAGAACAGAGUUCACUCUUCUGCUGACCCUCAAGCAGGAGAAACUGAGCUCUGGAGUGCUGCUGUCCAUCCACUAUGGGGAGCAGAGGUUUCUGGAGGUAGAGAGCAGUGGUCUACAUAAUGAGAUCCGUCUCUUGUUUCAAACUGCAGACCAGCGGCAGCAAAGAGAGGUCUUCCCCUACAGUCUUGCAGAUGGACAGUGGCACAAAGUGUCUUUUGCAUUCAGUGCAACUCAGGUGGUGCUCCAUAUUGACUGCAACAGAAUUUAUGAAAGAAUUGUGGAGACGCCAUCUAUGGAUUUUCCCAGAGAAACAAAUGUCCGUCUGGGUCAAAGAAAUGAUGCCCAUGGGUUCUUCAGGGGUGUGAUGCAAGAUGUUCAGUUGGUGGUCGUACCUCAUGGAUAUAUCGUCCAGUGUCCAGAUCUCAACCGUACUUGUCCAACAUGCAACGAUUUCCAUGGCCUUGUGCAGAAGAUUAUGGAGCUUCAAGAUAUUCUGGCCAAAACAUCAAACAAGUUGGCACUUGCAGAAGAGAAGAUGAAGUACUUGGAUGGCUGUUACUGUGAGAAGACCUGCAACCAAUACGGAGAGAUAUACAGAGAGGACGAUGCCUGGAUAGAUGGAUGCAGAAACUGCACAUGCUCAAAUGGUACAGUGGAGUGUGAAAGUAUUUUAUGUCCACCACCCCAGUGCCCCCGUGAUACAGCUCCAGUCUACAUGCCUGGAGCAUGCUGUAAAGAGUGCCAGCCUGUCUGUCUGUUCAGAGGAAGGGUUUAUGUGGAAGGAGAUCAUAAAAGCAUACACGACUCUGAGGGAAACUGUCUGCUGUUUGAGUGCAGGGAUCAAAGUAUGCGUAGAGUUGAGAUGGCCUCCUGUCCAGAGCUGAACUGCCCAGAGUCAGAGCAGAUCACACUCACAGACCGCUGCUGCAAAGUGUGUAGAGGGCACGAUUUCUGCACUGAGGGUCACAGCCGCAGUUGCGUAGAGAACUCUGACUGCAUUAAUCUAGAGGCUGGAGCUUGCUGCAGCUGCAAGGUGGGAUACCAUCCUCUCAGGGAUGACAGCGCUUACUGCAAAGAUAUCGAUGAAUGUGCAGAAGGGAAGCACUACUGCAGGGAGAACACACUGUGUAUGAACACACUGGGAUCCUUCAUGUGUGUUUGUCACACCGGAUAUGUUCGUAUUGAUGAUUACUCCUGCACAGAGCAUGAUGAGUGUGUGCGUGGAUUGAAUGUCUGCGAUGAGAAUGCUCUUUGUUUCAAUAUGGUUGGUGGACACAGCUGCACCUGUAAACCAGGAUUUGUGGGUAACGGCACUUUCUGCAAAGCGCUCUGUGAGGGCCAGUGUCUCAAUGGUGGUUCCUGCAUUGCUCCUGAUACCUGUGUCUGUCAGCAGGGCUUCACUGGAAAGAGAUGUGAGACAGACAUUGAUGAGUGCUCAGAUGGAUUUGUCGAGUGUGACAGUCGAGCCACCUGCAUCAACCUACCUGGCUGGUACCACUGCGAGUGCCGCGAUGGUUACCAUGACAAUGGAAGGUUCUCAGCCAAUGGAGAGUCAUGUGAAGACAUCGAUGAAUGUGAGCUGGGGAGGCACACUUGUGCUAAUGACACCGUGUGCUUUAAUGUGGACGGAGGAUAUGACUGCCGGUGUCCACACGGCAAGAACUGCACAGGAGACUGUGCCCAUGAUGGAAAAGUGAAACACAAUGGGCAGAUCUGGGUUCUGGAUGAUGACAGGUGCUCGGUCUGCUCUUGCCAGACAGGGCUGGUGAUGUGUAGACGGAUGGUGUGUGAUUGUGAGAAUCCCACGGUGGACGUGCUGUGCUGUCCUGAAUGUGAUCCGCGCCUGAGUUCCCAGUGUUUGCACCAGAAUGGUCUGUUAGCUUACAGAAAUGGAGAAACCUGGGUAGAGAACUGCCAGCAGUGCCAGUGCAUGAGGGGAGAGGUGGACUGCUGGUCCAUACCGUGUCCGGCGGUCUCUGACUGUGAGUUUACAGUGGUUCCAGAGGGCGAGUGCUGUUCACGCUGCGUUACGGACCCCUGCCUGUCCGACACUGUCCAAAAUGACAUCACCAAGACCUGCGUGGAUGAGUACGGAGUCACCCGCUUUAGUGGCUCUGCUUGGACCAAACACGGCAGUGAGUGUUCCCUCUGCCAGUGCAAGAAUGGUCACAUCUGUUGCUCUGUGGAUCCUCUGUGCCUCUAGUCCUAUUCAAAGGCAAAAUUCUGAUCUGCUUUGUCUACACUGCAAAAACAUAUUGCUAACGGGUAUCUUAUUUACCAGUAAAAUAUCUGAGAAGCAAAACUCCAUAGGAUAUUAAAGGGAUAGUUCACCCAAAAAUUAAAAUUCUCUCAUCAUUUACUCACCCUUAUGUCAUCCCAGAUGUGUGACUUUCUUUCUUCUGCUGAACACAAAUGAAAAUUUGUGAAGAAUAUCUCUUAUAGUUCUUUUGGUCCAUACAAUGCAAGUGAAUGGUGACCAAAACGUGAAGCUCAAAAAUCACAUGUCAUAAUGUCUCCAGAAGCGAUAUGGUAGGUGUGGGUGAAACAACAGAUCACUUUCACAUUCUUCUUGUGCUUUUGAUGAUUCACAUUCUUAAUGCAUACCACCCCCUACUGGGCAGGGAGAAGUAUAUCUAGCCAAAAAUGUACUUAAAUAUUUAUCUGUUCUCAUAUACACCUAUCAUAUCUCUUCUAAAGAUAUGCAUAUAACCACUGGUGUCAUAUGGAUUACAUUUAUGUUGACUUUAUGUGCUUUUUGGAAUGUAAUUUUUUGGCACCCAUUCACUUGCAUUGAGAGGACAUAAAGAGCUGAAAUAUUCUUCUAAAAAAUCAUAAUUUUUGUUCUGCAGAAAGAAAGUCAUACACAUCUGGGAUGGCAUGAGGGUGAGUAAAUGAUGAGUGAAUUUUCAUUUUGGGGUGAACUAUCCCUUUAAGACUUUAUUUCAGAUAAUAUAUAUCAUGAAUUAAGUGAAUUUCAAACAAGUGCUAAAUUUGUCAGUGCUACAAGACAGAAUGCACUUAUAUUUAAGAUACUUCCUCUGAAAGAAAAAGGCCUCAAAAUGUUAUGCCGUUUUGCUUAUCAGGUAAAUAAAAAAAGACAAAGAUACUUAUGAAGAAUAUCUAUUGCAAGUGUUUCUUUCUCUUUGUUUUCUUUCUUUCAAUCUUUUUUCCACUCUCUGUACAGUUUCAUCCCCUCAGAAGAACAUUUUAUACCAAAUCUCCAUAUGUACUAUACCAUAAACAAUAUACAGACAGCUCAGUCCCUAAAGCACUCUUUUCAGCCACAUAACAAAAUAUAAAGAAGUAAAUCAACAGACGACAGCAUCAUUUCAGCUUUGAGCAGUGUUGCAAAUUCGCUUGCCGCAUCAAUCAUCAACAAUUUCAUUGGAAAUCAUGACACAAUAUGAGGUAACAUUUAGCAAAUUUCAUUCAGUUGUCAUGUUUUGAUGGUGAAACUACAUUGAAAAUAAAGAUUAACUUAUUGUUGAUCACCUUGUUUUCUGCUUAAUGGGUUCAGAAGACUCCAGACUUGGUUAAAGAACCCUUAAACUUCAUUUGUAAAUUUCCUACAGGCACUACCAGGUGCAGUGUUUCAUUCUUUCAGUAUUGAUGAAUGUUCAGCUCCCUUACCGAGAAAAUAUGAUCUUGAUGUUGUGAAUGGUUUAUUAAAUGUGUUUGUUAUUCUCACGUUGUUUAAAAUGUUUCUUUAUUUUUAAGUUUCAAGUUGCACCUUUUGCAAAUUGAUGUUUUGUUUUCUUCGAUGGCUUGGUACGCUAUUGUGUCAUGUGAAAUAAAAGGUUUCCACUG